AAUGGCUCCGUGAGUUUCCGGAAGCAGCUUCCCAAGUUUGACAGUUAUGUUUUUUCGACUCGGUUAGGACCGUCUUCCAUUAGCCGUGACCCGCCCGUUCCUCUUCCCAAAACGUAUUUUAUCCCAACCAACGGCAUUCUCGUCUGCUGGACUGUCAUAGAUUCUGCUCGGUGGAGAGAGAAGAGCCAAGAUGAGCGUGUCCAAUAGAUCCUCACGGCCAGCAGAUGCACGAAUAACGCGUAGUUCAAGAAGCGCUGAGUCACAGGACUCUGGAUCAGGCCGCUAUGGAAAACCGCGCAAAAAGCAGGCUGACUCGACCCUGGCUCAGGACCUCAGUCUGAUGAAUGUCAAUGGGCAAGGAGGCCUAAAUGCGAGUGUAGGAAAGCAGUUAGGUCAACGUCCUAGUGGUCCUUCUGCAAACAAAUCUGGUGGAGGUCUCGCAUCAGUCGCCCGCCUGAUGAAGAUGGGUCGCUGUAAGAAUGUGGUUGUGGUAGCCGGAGCCGGAAUCAGUACCGCCAGCGGAAUUCCCGAUUUCAGAACUCCAGGGACGGGCCUUUACGCAAACUUGGAGGCGUACAACAUCCCCUACCCGGAGGCCAUUUUUAACGUGGACUACUUCUCCAACGACCCACAGCCUUUCUUCUCUCUGGCCAAGGUGCUAUAUCCCGGCAGUCAUCAGCCUAACUACAUCCACUACUUUAUCCGCAUGCUACACCACAAAGGCCUGCUUCUCCGAAUGUACACGCAGAACAUCGAUGGCCUGGAGAAAUUGUGCGGUAUUCCAGAUGACAAACUAGUAGAAGCUCAUGGUAGUUUCACCACCGCUUCCUGUCACCUGUGCUACACGCCGUACCCCGCAGAAGAUGCUAAGCGCUUAAUCAUGAAUGGCAAUGUCCCCACGUGCACGUUCUGCACCGCCACGGUCAAACCUGAUGUGGUUUUCUUUGGCGAGGACCUUCCACAGAAGUACUUCCUUCACACUCAAGACUUCCCCAAAGCUGACCUACUUCUCGUCAUGGGGACUUCACUACAGAUAGAACCGUUUGCCAGCUUGGUGAACACUGUGCGUGCCACGGUGCCGCGUCUUCUCCUCAACCGGCAUGCUGUAGGCCCAUUUCAGAGGAUCCCGCUGCGUAGGGGUGAUCAUGUGGAACUGGGAGACCUGGAAGACACAGUGCGGCGGUUCGCCGAAAUGCUCGGUUGGAACAACGACAUAGUGGAGUUGAUGAAGAGUCAAGAACAAGAGCAGUGCAUCCCGACAUUGGUCAGUGGCAGAAGUGGAAAGCACCAAACCGGCAGCGACGAGUCAGACGUUGAGACUUGCAGCAAAUGCUCGGCCUCGUCCUGCCUAAGCUGAUGGAAGGUUGGAAAGAUUUAAAAAAAAUUUUUUUACAAAGGACAAAUCUAUUUUUAGCACAUGUGACGUCAACUUUUUUAGUACAGUACAAGCACUACAUUUUAAACCAUAUUUAAUAAAACUGUUGAACAAUGAGACCACAUUGACAGCUUAUUUUUAAUCAAACUUUUUUUGUCCCAGUGAUACGUUUCCUACCGAAAAUAAAUAUUGUGAUGUUUACAUCACAUAAGUGUGCAAAAAGAACAAUCUCCUCAGGAAAGAAUAUACAUAAAUGGAAGGAUAUGACAUGCAAUGUGAACUUUAUGCAUCACUGAC